AUGGUCAGGCCAGGCUGUCCAGUCAUUCUGCUCCAUGUCUUCAGCAUCUUUGCACACACAGGUGCUAGUGCUCAGGACGUUCUGUAUCCAUAUGGACCAGGCCAUACGGAUUUAGAGACUCCCAAGAUGGAUGACGGGAGUUCUCCAGAAAUUAUUGUGCUCGUCCCCUUCGUUUUCUUCAAUGUCCCCUACCGUUCCAUCUAUGUCAACAACAAUGGUGUGAUUUCCUUCAACGUGCAGGUUAGCCAGUUCACACCAGAGGGUUUUCCUCUGAGUGACAGCAGAUCAUUCAUUGCCCCACUUUGGGCAGAUGUGCACAACGGCAUCCGUGGGGAUGUAUACUACAGAGAGUCCAUCGAACCAGAAAUACUGGAGAGGGCAACACAAGAUGUUCGGAAGUACUUCAAAAACACGCCCACCUUCACAGCCACCUGGACCUUCAUUGCAACAUGGCACCAGGUCACCUUCUAUGGAGGAAGCCAGACCACCCCGGUGAACACAUUCCAAACUGUACUAAUCUCAGAUGGCAUGGCAUUCUUCAGUAUGUUUAACUAUGGAGAAAUCACAUGGAGCACAGGCACAGCCAGCGGUGGAGAUCCUUUAACAGGACUGGGUGGAACAACAGCACAGUCAGGUUUUAAUGGCGGAGACAUUGGUCACUUCUUCAACUUGCCAGGAUCACGGUCAAACGAUGUGGUGAACAUUGAACAGACAACCAAUGUAAAUGUUCCUGGGCGCUGGUUCUUCCGAGUAGACACUGAACUUAUAAAUCCUGCCAAUGGCUGCAGCUACAAUGGGCGUUAUUACAGACGAGGGGAAAUCUUCUGGCUGUCUGACCAGUGUUCACAGAGGUGCCGCUGCCUUGACAUUGAUAACGAGGUGCAAUGCCAAGCGGCUCCAUGUGGGCAAUUGGAGACUUGCGAGCAGCAGGAAGGAGCCUUUUACUGCCAGCCGACCCGCACCAGCACUUGUGUGGUAUUUGGAGACCCUCAUUACCACACCUUCGAUGGUUUCCUCUACCACUUCCAGGGGACCUGCUCGUAUCUGCUGGCUCGGCCCUGCUGGGAGGUGGCAGGACUGCCCUUCUUCAGUGUGGAGGCCAAAAAUGAGAACCGUGGGGUUGCUGCAGUUUCCUGGCUAAGAGACGUCACAGUGGAGGUGUAUGAUCAUCGGGUCAUGUUACCCAAAGGCAGUUUUGGAACAGUCCAGGUAGAUGGCUUGAUGAAGACUUUGCCAGUCCAACUCAAGCUUGGUGCUGUCAGGGUGUACCAGUCUGGGGUUGCCGUUGCUUUAGAAACUGAUUUUGGACUCUUGGUAACUUACGAUGGCCAACACUACGCAUCCAUCUCCUUACCCAGCUCCUACUUCAACAACACUUGUGGCCUUUGUGGUAACUAUAACGAUGAUCCUGCUGAUGACCCUGUGCUUCCUGAUGGAUCUCUGGCAGAAAGUGUGGUGGAGUUAGGGGGCAGCUGGCGAGCAGAGGACACAGACUGGAGGUGUACAGAUGGCUGCACCCAGAACUGCAGUGUGUGUGACCCAGUAAUAGAAGCCUUUUACUUUCGCUCAGACUACUGUGGACUUAUCAACAAAACCGAUGGACCUUUUAGGGACUGCAGAGCUGUAGUGGACCCUACAGCCUUUGUGUACAGCUGUGUAUAUGACAUGUGCAGCAACAGGGAUAACAUCACCACACUCUGUCAGGCCAUCCAGGCAUAUGCUCUGGCCUGUCAGGCCCUGGGUGUCACGGUACGACCCUGGAGAUCUCGUUCCUUUUGUGCUUUGUCAUGUCCUGAGUUCAGCAAUUACCAAGUGUGCACAAGCGCCUGCCCUGCAUCCUGCUCAGACCUCACUGCUCCCCUGUAUUGUGCUCACCCUUGCACGGAGGGCUGCCAAUGUGACAAAGGCUACGUUCUCAGCGGCAGCCGCUGUGUACAGCUUGAAGACUGUGGCUGUGAACAUAAUGGCCUAUAUUACCCACGUAAUGACACAUUCUGGUCUGGUUCCAGCGGCGAAGAAGGUGAAUGUACACUCCGGUGUACCUGCGGGGCUGCAGGGGAAGUUUCCUGCUUCAAUGAGUCUUGUAAAGAGGGUGAGGUGUGUGUGGCGGAGGUGGGCUUGCUGGGUUGCUACCCUCGCAGAGAGGGAGUGUGUUCAAUGACCCAGAACUCGGUGACAUCCUCCUUUGAUGGUGCCUUACUGCCAUUCCCAGAUGACAGCUCCUACUAUCUGUUAAAGUUGUGUGGUGCUGUUCCCGCGAAUGCCUCAUUGGUGGAGGUGAAAAUAGGCAGACGGCUGGUGAACAAAGGCCCUGCUUGGAAAAGACCUGUGGUAGUUGCUGUGGCCAAUGUGGAAGCUCAGAUAGGAGGGAUGGAUUUAGAGACAGUAAAGGUGAAUGGUGAGCCAGUGGCACUCCCAUAUAUACAUCCAAUGGAGACAAUGAUGAUCUACAGAGCUCCAGGCAAUGCUACGGUGGUGGAGUCCCGCGGUCUGCUUCGUGUCCAAUACACACGCCAGGGACUCGUCAACAUCUCCCUUUCCACCCUCUUCUACAAUGUUACUUGUGGUCUAUGUGGUGUCUUUAACAGCAAUGCCACUGAUGACCUUCGCCUCCCUAAUGGACGCCUGGCAGAGUCUACUGAGCAGUUCACAGAGGGCUGGCGGGCCAUUGCUGAUGACCUUACUUGUAAUGGUGACUGUGAUGAUCUGUAUCGAAUGUGUACAGAUUUGCGCCUCUACCAGAGUCCGUGGAUGUGUGGCAACAUCAAUGACCCGGGGAAUAGUUCUUUUCUGGCAUGUCAUGCAGUGGUCAACCCAUCACCAUUCUUCAGGAACUGCUUGUACAACAUGUGUGUAAAGGCAGGGAACCGUUCGGCCCUGUGCUCGUCACUGCAUGCUUAUGCCACUGCAUGUCAGGAUGCUCAAGUAGGCCUCACUUCCUGGAGGAGCGCCACCAACUGCCCUCUUCCCUGUCCAGAGAACAGUCAUUUUGAUGAGUGCACCAACGCCUGCCCUCUGACCUGCUCCAACUUGGAUGAACUAGAGGAGCCGUGCCCUCUGCCAUGCCAGGAGGGAUGUCAGUGUGAGGAUGGCUUUGCGCUGCGGGACGGCAUGUGUGUGGCACGCAGCGACUGUGGCUGCAUGAGCCAGGGGCGCCAGCUGUACACUAAUCAGACUUUCUGGACUGACUGGGAGUGUCAGGAACGCUGCUACUGCAAUGGCUCUGACAACAGCGUAUACUGCCAGCUCGCACCCUGCCACCCUGAGGAGUACUGCCAGGAGAGUGACGGCCUGUAUUUCUGUCAGCCGCGCACCGAGGCACUGUGUGUGGUGGCUGGUUAUGGACAUUUCCUGCCAUUUGGUGGUGUCCCAUUUGAGCUGCAGAGCUCUUGUACUCUUAGGAUGGCAACCACCAACUGUGAAGCAGAGAGCAGGGACCCUGCAACCAUCAGUGGAAGUUUACCUCAAUUUAAACUGGCAGCUCGUAAUGAGGAAAGGGACACAGGCCAGGCAAUUUGGGUGAGAGGCUUUGUACUGGAGGUGUAUGAUUACGAGAUUGAAGUGUCACGAAGCUACAAAAACACUGUCACGGUGAAUACAGAACGCUUGUACCUUCCUCUGAAGCUGGGGCCAGGAAAGGUCAACGUCUUCACUUUGGGCUUGCAGCUCAUCGUGGAGACAGACUUCGGCCUGAAGGUUGCGUUUGACUGGAACACCCUCCUCGUGUUGACUUUACCCCGUGAACUUUACAACACCUCCUGCGGCCUCUGCCAGGGAAUGCCCUUAUCCCCACCCACUCUCACCAUCACCGAUUGGGGCAUGGCUUGGGCAGAGAGGGACACCUUUUGCCAGGUGGGCUGUGGAGACUCCUGCCCACGCUGCGGCCUGGCAGAGAAAAGCAUGCCAAACGAUGCCCCUCUCAUGGUGGCUGAUGCCAACAUGAACACCGGCACCGACGAUGAGGCGAACGAAGUAAACACAGGCAUACGUUUCCACAUUGGAAAUGGACUGUAUGUGUUUGUGGAUCCUGAGGCUGUGAGACUGUGUGGGCUGAUUGUGGAUCGAGGAGGUGUGUUUGCACGCUGUCACAGCAAGGUGGCGCCGGCAUUCUUUUAUCAAAGCUGCCUGCAGGACACCUGUUUGGACCAGGGUGCUCAGGAUACAAUCUGUAACUGGCUGCAAAUAUAUGCCAGCACCUGCCAGACCCAAGGAGUGCCCGUUACUGGCUGGAGGAGUGAUACACAGUGUGUCCAGAGCUGUCCACCUAACAGCCAUUACUCCAGUUGCAUGUCGGUUUGCCCGCCCCAGUGCGCCCCAGCCCGCGGCCAGAGGGACUGCAGCCAGGACUGUGUGGAGGGCUGCCAAUGUGACCAGGGCUACGUGCUCAAUGGCAAGAGCUGCAUCCUGUCUCAAAACUGUGGCUGCUACACUGAUGGCAAGUACUAUGAGCCCAAACAGUUGUUUUGGAACAGUGACUGUACUAAACGCUGCCAGUGCAUUGGACGAAACCUGAUCCAGUGUGACCCAAGGCGCUGUAAGGCAGAGGAAGAGUGCACCCUGCGGUACGGAGUGCGGGGUUGCUUUGCACGGCGCUCCCAGCACUGUGUGGCGUCUGGAGGUGGGGUCUUCAGGACCUUCGAUGGAGCAUCGCUACGCCUCCCGGCCUCCUGCUCCUUCGUCUUGUCCACAAACUGUCACAAGCUGCCUGACCUCUCCUUCCAGCUCAUCGCUAACUUUGAUAAAUGGAGCACACCCAACCUCACCACCAUCUCUCAUGUCUACCUUUACAUCAAUGAGGAGAAUAUACUCAUCUCUGGCAGCACUGUCAAGGUCAAUGGUACACCGGUAUCGGUACCAUUUCUAACAGGGCUGAUGACACGUCUGUCCACAUCCGAGGGCUUCAUUGUCAUCGACACGCCUCAGGACAUCCAGGUUCGAUACAACAGUUUCAACACCCUCAGCAUCACAAUGGGUCAGCGGCUUCAGAACAAGGUGUGUGGCCUCUGUGGUAAUUUCAAUGGAGACCCCAGUGAUGACUACAUAACCUCCAGGGGCAAGCCGGCUGUCAGCGCCCUAGAGCUGGCCCAGAGCUGGAAGACCAACGGUAUGCAGAACAGUUGUGAUGAGACCCAGUACGUGGCUCUGGCCCAGUCCUGUGACAACACAGCAGUGUUGGCGCUGCAGGGUGAAGAUGCCUGCCAGAAGUUAACUCAGCUGAAGGGCUUCUUCCAGCCGUGCCACGGCCUGCUGGAUCCCCGACCCUUCUACCAGUCCUGCUACCUGGACGGCUGCUAUAAUCACCAUAAGGCUCAGGUCUGUGGCUCGCUGGCAGCCUACGCCGAGGCCUGCCGCUCUAUGGGAACCCUCACCACCAAGUGGAUCACCCAGGAGAACUGCUCAGAAUGGAUCUACGACCCUUGUGCAGGAGAGAUCUGCACAAACUUCACCUGUGAGCUGGAGAACGGAGGCGACCUGUGUGGCUGUCCUGAGUUACCCACCAGCACUGGAGGUGAUGAUGACAUUAUCCAGGCAGAGGUGACCUGUAAGCAUGCUCAGAUGGAGGUUUCUAUCUCUAAGUGUAAGCUCUUCCAGCUGGGCUUCGAACGGGAAGACGUCAGGAUCAACGACGAGCACUGCAAUGGCAUCGAGGGGGAGGACUUCAUCUCCUUCCACAUCAACAACACUAAAGGACACUGCGGCUCCAUCGUGCAGUCGAACGGGACACACAUUAUGUACAAAAACACUGUGUGGAUAGAGAGCGUGAACAACACCGGGAACGUCAUCACCAGAGACAGAACCAUCAAUGUGGAGUUUUCCUGCGCUUACGAACUGGACCUGAAGAUCUCGCUGGAGACUGUCCUCAAACCCAUGCUCAGUGUGAUUAACCUCACCCUACCAACCCAGGAAGGAAACUUCAUCACCAAAAUGGCUCUAUAUAAGAACUCCUCGUACCGUAAUCCAUACAGAGAGGGGGAGGUGGUUCUCAGCACACGGGACGUUCUCUUUGUGGGCGUCUUUGUGGAAGGGGCAGAUGAGAACCAGCUCAUCCUCAUUGUAAACAUGUGCUGGGCCACGCCGUCCCGCUACAGCAAUGACCGACUCCGCUAUAUCAUCAUAGAGAGAGGGUGUCCAAACAUUAAGGACAACACCAUUGGUAUGGCAGAGAAUGGCGUAUCGCUCACCUGUCGCUUCCACGUUACCGUCUUCAAGUUUAUCGGGGAUUACGAAGAAGUCCACAUCCACUGUGACGUUUCCCUGUGUGACUCAGAAACAAACGCCUGCAAAGUGAACUGUCCGCACAAGAGAAGGAUGUACUCGGAGGACAGUGACCAUGAAGAGCACAUAUUGAGUGUGGGACCCAUCAGAAGAAGAGAAGCAGACUGGUGUGAGAAUGAGAAUGGAAGCUGUGAGCAGAUCUGCAGCAGUAAAGGGACUGGUCCAGUCUGCAGCUGCGUGACUGGGAUGCUGCAACGAGAUGGCAAAAGCUGCCGGACUGUGAGCUCGAGCUGCAGCCUCACACCGGUGGUUCCUCUGCUGUGCGUCAGCGCUGUGAUCUCCGUGUUCCUGGCUUGUGUUCACACUCCUCUCCUCUCCUAACGCCCAGCGAGCCAAACAUCACACACAGAAAAGACUUGAAGAUGCACAAAGUUUCAGCGUUGAUUAGCCGUUAGAUCAGCUUUGUUCCAGGCAGAAAAUCUAGGCAGAAUAUAUUAUACAUUCACAAAUCUUU